UUCCAGCCAAAGGGUCAACAAGGCAACAACGAAAAUUUCCAACUUUAGCUAACAACCCAGCCCCCUCUCUGGCUCAUUCUAUGGAAGUCGUAGAUUUCGAGAGAUUCCCAUCUCUCACAUAUAUGGACAAAGUAGAAGAAUAGUGACUCUGCCUCGAUCUCUCACUUUUCAUCUUCUAUGCUCUGCUCUGCUCUGCACAGAACCCAUUCAUGAAGAUGAUGAUGCCUAUUAGAUUCAUUUUCCUGUGGUAUAUACUCUUCUUUCCCUUCCUUUCCUCCCUCUCAUUUGCAAAAUUCACUCCUAGAUUCCCUUAUUCCUUCAUUAGGCCACAACAACAACAACAACAACAACAACUUCUUUCUCAGCUUUCCGCCGAAAACCAGCUCUACAAAACCAAAUACUUCACCCAAAUUCUUGAUCACUUCAAUUUUCAGCCACAGAGCUACCAGACGUUUCAGCAGAGAUAUUUGAUCAAUGACACGUACUGGGGCGGUGCUAAAACAAACGCUCCAAUCUUCGUUUACACCGGAAACGAAGGAGACAUUGAAUGGUUCACUCAAAACACUGGCUUCAUGUUCGAGCAAGCCCCUACUUUCAAGGCUCUUCUAGUUUUCAUUGAGCAUAGGUUCUAUGGAAAAUCCAUUCCUUUUGGGGGUGACAAAGAUAUAGCUUACAAGAAUGCAAGUACACUAGGAUAUCUGAGUUCUACGCAGGCAUUGGCCGAUUACGCCACACUGAUCAUUGAUCUGAAGAAGAAUUUGUCAGCAACUGACUCCCCCGUUGUGGUGUUUGGAGGUUCCUAUGGAGGAAUGCUGGCCGCAUGGUUUAGGUUGAAGUACCCUCAUGUUACCAUUGGAGCCUUGGCAUCUUCUUCACCAAUCCUCAAUUUCGAGAACAUUACAUCUCCAUAUAGCUUCAACAACAUCAUCACUCAAGACUUUAGAAGUGAGAGUGAGAAUUGUUAUAAAGUGAUCAAAGGGUCAUGGCAACAAAUUGAAGACACUGAGAAUCAACCAGGAGGGUUUGAGGUACUCCGAAAAUCAUUUAGAAUAUGCAAAAAUAAAAUUGAUGCUGGAUAUCUAGCGGGUUGGCUUGGCACAGCAUAUACUUAUACGGCGAUGACGGAUUAUCCAACUCCUUCCAAUUUUCUCAAUCCCUUGCCAGCUUUUCCAAUCAAACAAAUGUGCAAGGCAAUUGACGAUCCAAUAACGGGAAAUGACACAUUCGCAAAGUUGUACGGUGCUGCCAACAUAUACUACAACACCACUGGUAAUGCUACAUGUUUUGAUCUGUACGAUAAUUCGGAUCCUCACGGCCUUAACGAAUGGCAAUGGCAGGCUUGUACGGAGAUGAUAAUGCCAACAGAAGGUAGCAACGAAGAGAGUAUAUUUCCAGCCUCGGAAUGGAACUAUAAUGAUCGAGCCCGGUAUUGCAAAGCAGCCUACAACAUUGAGCCCAGGCCCAACUGGAUUACUACCGAGUUCGGUGGUCAUGAUAUUGGGACCGUUCUAAAAAGGUUUGGCAGCAAUAUUAUCUUCUUCAAUGGUUUGAGAGACCCUUGGAGUGGUGGAGGGGUGCUAAAGAAUAUAUCCAAAAGCAUAGUGGCCAUAGUUUCAAAAGAAGGGGCUCACCAUGUAGACCUCAGGUUCUCAACAAGUGAAGAUCCAGAGUGGCUUCGUGAAGUAAGGAGAAGUGAAGUCAAUAUUAUAAAAAAGUGGCUCUCCCAAUAUUACCACAGCUUGUUCCAUCCUUCUCACUAGAGUUAUACACACUAUUCUACUACCCUAUCUGUCCUCCAAGUUGUUAACAUUAUUUGGCUUCGUUAGCCACAAAAUAAAAUCAAUGGCUCUCUCUUACUUUCGCUUGAUAAAUAAUUUUUUUUUUUUUUUUU